AAAAAAGCAUUUUCUCAGAUGUGCUACUUGAGGUUGAUGUGAACAGUGUUCUGACUGUAAGAUCAAGACCAAACCUGCUAUUUAUGAGAAAACUUGUCUUUGGGUCUCAGGUCUUGGUGGUUCCGGUCUUCAUGCUGCUGUGGGUGACUCUACUGGUUCUGGCUCCUGUCAGUGAACAACUUGUAACUCCAUCCAAAUCCAUAAUUUCCCUUCAAUUUCCAUGGACCGUUUUCUUCCAAGGAGAGAGCAUGGAUCUGACCUGCAAAGGAUCUAGUUCCCACUCCCCAUGGACAACAAAAUGGUACUUUGAAGGAAAAGUAUUUAAAAAAAACCCAAAAAGCACCCUAAGGGUUCGUGAAUCUGGAGACUACAAAUGCCAGGCUGAUGGCUUGCCUGUAAGCGACCCUGUGCACUUGGAAUUCUCUACAGCUCCACUGAUCCUACAGGGUCCACCUUAUGUGUUCGAAGGAGACUCCGUGCUUCUAAGGUGUCGGACAAAAGCAAAAACUAAACUGAAUACUGUAGCAUUUUUUAAGAAUGGUGAACUCCUGAUAUUACCUAAUAAUAGUUCUGAUCUGCACAUUGAUGGUGCCGAUCUGGUGCACAAUGGUCACUAUCACUGUGGUGGCUAUAUACACACGUGCUGUACAGCUUCUUCCAAUAGAGUCAACAUCCGAGUCCAAGAGCUGUUUACACAUCCCGUGCUGAGAAGCAGCUCCUCUAAGCCCACGGAGGGAAGUCCAGUGACCCUGACCUGUCAGACUCAGCUCCCUCCAGAGAGGUCAGAUGUCCAGCUCCAGUUCUGCUUCUUCAGAGACGGUCAGGCUCUGGGGUCAGGCUGGAGAAUCUCCCCAGAGCUCCGGAUUCCCGCCCUGGGGACAGAGGACUCAGGGUCCUACUGGUGCCAGGCAAAGAGAGUGAAUUCCCACAUUCUGAAAGAGAGUCGGAAGAUCUCCAUCCCUGUGCGGGCUGCUGUGUCUCAGCCUGUCCUCACCCUCAACCCUGCUAAGAACUGGCUCCUUGAAGGAACCUGGUUGACACUUCACUGUGAAGUCCAGAGAGGUUCUCCCCCGAUCCUGUACAAGUUUUAUCAUGAUUCUGUCUCCCUGGGGAGCAGCUCAACCCCCUCUACAGGAAGAGCAUCCUUGGGCAUCUCUCUGACCGCACAACAUUCUGGGUUCUACUACUGCACUGCUGAUAAUGGAUUCAGCCCCCAGCGCAGUGAGGCUGUGAGGCUCUCCGUCUUGGUUCCAUUGUCCCGCCCUGUCCUUACACGCAGAGCUCCCAUGUCACAGCCUGUGGUGGGGGACGUGAUGGAGCUUCACUGCGAGGCCCUGAGCGGCUUACUCCCGAUCACAUACACAUUUUACCGUGACGAUAUCACCCUGGGGAGAAGAGUGGCCUACUCUAGAGGAGGAGUGUCUUUCAGACUCCCUGUGACUGCAGAACAUUCUGGAAACUACUUCUGUAAAGCCAGCAAUAGUGCUCAGACCCAACACAGUGACACAAUGACACUCACUGUCAUUUCAUUGUCCCGCCCUGUCCUCACCCUCAGGGAUCCCAGCGUCCAGCCUGUGGUGGGGGAUGUGAUGGAGCUUCACUGCGAGUCCCUGAGCGGCUCCCUCCCAAUCACAUACACGUUUUAUCAUGAGGAUGUCACCCUGGGGAGCAUAAAGGCCCACUCCAGAGGAGGAGCAUACCUCAGUGUCUCUGUGACUGCAGAACAUUCUGGAAACUACUUCUGUGAAGCCAGCAAUAGUGCUCAGACACAACGCAGUGACACAAUGACACUCACUGUCAAAAUUCCAGUGUCCCGCCCUGUCCUCACCCUCAGGGAUCCCAGCAUUCAGCCUGUGGUGGGGGAUGUGAUGCAGCUUCACUGCGAGUCCCUGAGCGGCUCCCUCCCAAUCACAUACACGUUUUAUCAUGAGGAUGUCAACCUGGGGAGCAGAAAGGCCCAUUCUAGAGGAGGAGCAUCCUUCAGUCUUGCUGUGACUGCAGAACAUUCUGGAAACUACUUCUGUGAAGCCAGCAAUAGUGUUCAGACACAACGCAGUGACUCAAUGACACUCACUGUCAAAAUUCCAGUGUCCCGCCCUGUCCUCACCCUCAGGGAUCCCAGCGUCCGUCUUGUGGUGGGGGAUGUGAUGGAGCUUCGCUGCGAGGCCCUGAGCGGCUCUCCUCCGAUCCUGUACAAGUUUUAUCAUGAGGAUGUCACCCUGGGGAGCACAAUGGCCCCCUCUGGGGGAGGAGCCUCCUUCAACCUCUCCCUGAUGGAGAAACAUUCUGGAAACUACUCCUGUGAGGCUGAGAAUGACCUGGAGAUCCAGCACAGUGAAUUGGUGACUGUCAUCGUCACAGUUCCAGUGUCCCGCCCUGUGCUCACCCUCAGGGCUCCCAGGGCCCAGGCUGAGGUGGGGGACGUGGUGGAGCUUCACUGUGAGGCCCUGAGGGGCUCUCCCCCGAUCCUGUACCAGUUUUAUCAUGAGGACGUCACCCUGGGGAACAGCUCGGCGCCCUCUGGGGGAGGAGCAUCCUUCAACCUCUUCCUGACUGCAGAACAUUCUGGAAACUACUCCUGCGAGGCUGACAAUGGCCAGGGUGCCCAGCGCAGUGAGGCGGUGGCACUUUUCAUCCCAGGGCUAACGGAAAGCCGAAGUGGUCCUGUAGCCCCAGGAGUCACUGGGGGGCUGCUGGGGACGGUGGUCCUUGCUGCUGGCGCACUGCUCUUCUACCAUUGGCUUUCGAGGAAAGCAGGGGGACGGACUGCCUCUGACCCCUCCAGGCAUUCUUCAGACUCCAACCCCCAGGACCCCACCUACCACAAUGUGCCAGGAUGGAUAGAGCUGCAGCCAGUGUACAUGAAUGUAAAUUCUAGAGGAGAAGACGUGGUUUACUCUGAAGUGUCGUGCCUCCAGAAGGAAAGCAGAAAUUCAGCGGCCUCUGCACACAGCCUCAGCCAUCAGACGGACUCCUCUGUCAUCUACGCCAAGGUGAAGAAGGCAUGCACCCCAGCCUCCGGGCCCCACCAGCUGGCCUCCCCAGCUCCUCACAGAUGAGUCCACGCAUCUCCCCAACUGCUGUCUCAGCCUCUGAAUCCCAGUGUUCUCCGUGGGGAAGAAGGAGCAUUGAAAUGGGAAGAUUGAAGCCACCCCAGGCCACAUCCAGCAGCUUUUGUGUCAAAUGCUCUCUGUCUGCACCGAGCCCAGAGCCCUGCUGGACUCCCACUUAUUUCUUAGGUUGCAGCGUUGCCCUAGUGGCUCCUUUUUAAUCUAGUGAUAGGUUGUUCCCAACUCGGGGCACAUUACAUCUCCAGGCUUCCUUAGUGAGUGUCAGCUCCGGUGGGUCCUGACAGUCCUCAAUUCCAGCAGGGAGGUCCUGCCAGCGUGGGUACACUUCUCAAUUGCUAUCAGCCUCCUGGGACGACUGCAGUAGCCUGCCAGAUGGGAAGCACAUGCCCCAAGGAUGAUGGUCGCCGUAUGGAUGUUCUUCUAGUGGGACUGCACUUUAUGCUUUUCCACCUGUCUGAAUCUCCAAGGUCACCUGACUUGAGACUAAUUUCUCUCCUGCGCCUGUGCCAACAUCUGUUCAUCCAAGUGAGUGGAAUUUGCACUCCGGUUCCCAGGUCUUCCCCAACCUUCCAGGAUGCCCAAGGACACGGCUAGAAUGCAUAUUGGAAUAUAUGCAAAUUACCAUUUGACUGAAUGAAUGAAGAAGAAACUAUGGGUAAUCAAACUGGCAUCUGAUCCAACUUAGCAUGCUCCCGAGAAAAAUUCAGGAGGUACUUCUGUUUCCUCUGAGCAAGAAAUAAAAGAGAAGCAGGAGGGGUGAGGAAUUUGGCUUAUCAAGAAAGAGGAUUUCUCAGACUUUAAUGUGCCUCCGGAAUACCUGAGUAUCUUACGAAAUUGCAGAUCCUGGCUCCGUGAGGCUGGGUGGAGCCUGGGAUUCUCUGUUUGUAACAAACUUCUAGGUGACGCUGAUGCCACAGGUCCAGAAACCGUACUGAGAGCUGAGGUGCAGGAGGCCUGGCUGCCCUCCAUGUAACUCCUCGGGGGGCUUGCACACAGAUCACACUGUUCCUGAAGCUGUCCUUCAGCCAGAGCACCACCAGCUGCUGUGGCAUACAGAAAUUCCCUGCAGCAUAUUGGGUUUUAUCAACCACCCUGGGUGGGGGAAGGUGGCUGCCGCCAUCUUUGUUUCCCCACACUUUCUCAUGAAGAGUGAAUGAACACCCUAUGCAUCAACAUGCCCUCCAGACCCUGCCCCUAGUUGGGAGGUGCUCUUCUCCAUUUCCUAGCUCAGCCCUUCUGCAAUUCCUUCUCCUGAAAGGCCUUUCCUAUCAUCUCCAUCUACUAUAAUUCUGCCCUUUCCCUAAGCCCCACCAGUAUCCACCCCACCAUCUCUCCUUUGGGCACCUAUGGCACUUUGACAGAUUUGCAAUUACCAUUGUCAAUGUGGGGAGAGAACUGAAAGUUGGUUAGGACAACCCUAAUUUUGCAGCAAGAAAUUGAGAACUAGAGAAUUGGGAGGAAACCAGAUGAUGAUGAUCACAUAGCCAGGUAGUAGCAAAGCCCAAACUAAAGUAAACCCAGGGCUCCCGACCCCCAAGACCACAUUCUUUCCUCCACAUCUCUCUUCUGUUGCAGAAACAUGGGGCUGGGGGCAUUUCUGGUUCUCCAACAACUGCGAGAGGCCAUAAAAGCAAAGCCUGACUCCAGUUGAUGUACACACAGAGCCCAGCAUGGUGCCUGGCAUACAGAUGGCUUUCAGUAAAUCAUUGUCAAAUUGAAUGUUGGGAAGUCUCCCAAUGAAUGCACAUCAUCUCCACAAAUUUAUCCAUAUCUUUACUGACUGACUCUUAUUCCAGGGGAAUGCAAUUCAUGUCCUCAGAUCUCAGAAUGCUUGGGGAUACCAAUAAAAUAAUUUCUGUCAGACCAA